GGCGGCGAAUCCGGCGUGGGGCUGCGUGACGAAAAUUUGGAAGUACACCUAUAUUUGUAAAAAGAAUAGUGCUCUAUUCAUUCUUCAACCAUGGCUGAUGAUCUGGAUGUUCAUGAGCUGCUGGAGGCGCCAUACACAAAAAAGAUCCCUUGUCAGUUGUAAUUGUUAGCGGAACCGAAGACCAUUUCUCUUAGAUUGUGUGUUGCAUUUCUUCGGCCUUAUAGCGGUCGCGCGUUAAGAAAAGGACUCUGUCGACAAGGGCUACGAGAAUGGCACCAAGAGCUCCGAGAAGUCCAAGAGGUGAGUUGUCGCUGUCUGCGGUGCUGGGAGCUAAGUCAGUCGGGGAUGCUAUGUUCAUAAGUAAUGGUAGAUGCGUCACUUUAUAAUUAUAUUAUCGUUCUUAGCCAUAUGAUCCCGUAACUAUUUAUAGGUAGACUUGGGAUCAUUUUAAAACUAUCUUUUAAAAGAUUUCUUUGUUUGAGGUUUAUUAGUACCUACCCGUUUGAAAAUAAAAAUGUAAUGAAAAUGGUGUGAUGCCUACUCUAAUGUUCAACGUUUGAAUCAAGUUGCCACAAUGCUGUUUUGGACGGGAAAGUUUUGCUCACGUAUUUUUAUGAAGUUGCAGUUGAUCCUGGACCACCACACAAUCACAGUGUAUCUGCGAGUCUCCAUACCAACGUAAAGUGUCACAGGAUGUGUCAAUACUAGUUCGACAUUUGUACAGUAAAUCGCUUGCUAUUGAUGCUUAAGUUGAAAGGUAUUUGUAUGCUGAGCCGAGUGUCAAGUUAUUCGUCGCCGCGACCCACCCAUUUUGACUUUCACUUUGAUUACCAUUUAAUUAAUCACUUCGCACAAGUUCACGUUACGCGGUAUUUUUCAUUACUGAUCAUUGUGAUUGGCGUGCCUACCCGACGAGCUAUCUUCUCGUUUGCCGUGCCCCUCACACUCCCGAUUUCCCCGUGCCUCACCUUCGACCGUGCGCGCAGCAGCAGCAGCAGGCAUCGGAGCCGCUCGCGCAGCAAGAGCCGCGACCGGCGCCGCCGCAGCAAGGAUCGUGACCGCGAGAAGGACCGCGACAGUCGCCGGCGCCGCUCGCGCUCGCGCUCGCGGAGUCGCGAUCGCAGCCGGCGCCACCGGUCGCGGUCGCGCGAUCGGCGCCGCUCGCGGAGCCGGAGUCGGGACCGCGGUGGCCGCGGCUACGGCCGGUGGCGGGGUCGCUCGCCGCGGCACGGCGCCAGCGGAAGGAGCAAGCGCAUGGACAUGACGCCGGAGGAGCGCGACGCGCGCACUGUGCUCUGCAUGCAGGUGUCGCAGCGGCUCAAGACCAAAGACGUCGAGGAGUUCUUCUCCUCAGUCGGAAAGGUGACUGACGUGCGCAUGAUCAUGUGCAACAAGACGCGCCGCUUCAAGGGCAUCGUGUACGUCGAGUUCAAGGAUGUGGAGUCGGUGCCACUGGCGCUGGGACUGACGGGCCAGAAGCUGCUCGGUAUUCCCAUCAUGGUACAGCCUUCGCAGGCUGAGAAGAACCGGGCGGCGGCGGCCGCCGCACAGGCCGGCAACACCGCGCGGCCUAACGCCAGCGGCUCCAUGCGUCUCUACGUGGGCUCGCUGCACUUCAACAUCACCGAGGAGAUGCUGAAGGGCAUCUUCGAGCCGUUCGGCAAGAUCGACGACAUCCAGCUGAUCAUGGACUCGCAGACGGGCCGGUCGCGAGGAUACGGCUUCCUCACGUUCCAUAACGCCGAGGACGCUAAGCGCGCGCUGGAGAAGCUGAACGGUUUCGAGCUGGCCGGCCGGCCGAUGAAGGUGGGCCACGUCACGGAGCGCUCCGAGGUGGCGGCCGGUGGACCGAACCUGCUCGACUCGGACGAAAUGGACCGGUCGGGCGUGGACCUGGGCGCUACCGGCCGCCUGCAGCUGAUGGCCAAAUUGGCUGAGGGCACCGGUAUGCAGAUCCCAACCGCUGCGGCGAACGCGCUCAACUCCAACCAGAUGGGCGGCAUCUCUGCCCAGUCCAAUAUCGCGCCGCCCAUCGCCACCCAGUGCUUCAUGCUCUCCAACAUGUUCGACACUGCCGCUGUGGCACAGAACCCCAAUUUCGACGCCGAGAUCCGCGACGACGUCGUGGAGGAAUGCAACAAGCACGGCGGCGUGACGCACGUCUACGUGGACAAACAGUCGCCGCAGGGCAACGUGUACGUCAAGUGUCCGAGCAUCGCGUCGGCGGCCGCCUCCGUCAACUCGCUGCACGGACGGUGGUUUGCUGGCAAGGUGAUCACUGCCGCCUACGUACCUCUCAUCAACUACCACAGCCUGUUCCCCGACGCCAUGGCGGCACAGACUCUGCUGCUGCCGCUGCGCGCACAGCGGCUCUAGCCGGCCGCCGGUCCACCGGUCAGCUCACUGUCCAGAGGGCUGGCCAGUUUCACUUCAUCUUCGACCGUCCGCUGGGACGCUCUGCGGCCGGCGCGAUCGAGUCUGAUCUGUCCUGACUAAACCUGACCGACGUUUGGUCGGGCGGGAGCGGCCCGGCUGGUGAGCGGGACAGCCGCAGUCUCAGGGCCGGGACGGGCCGGGAGCGGCGGCGGCAGCACAGGUGGGUGUGGAGACUGAGAGAGGGUGUUCACAGCUAGAGUCGACUCACCACGAGUGGUGCUGCUCGCUCCGUUCCAUCGAGCCGUCAGCCGCGCCGGUCUCUCUAGCCGCCGCUCGGUGCUGUUCAGGAAUCUGUGUGAGCAGUUGAAGGCUGCUGACGAACAUGGUCGGAGAAUGGGGAGCUGAGGAGACCGCCUACACUCUGCCGCGCCCGGCGGUGGGAGAGGAUGGUCCUCCAGCUGGAGCGAGGCUGUCCUGGGGUCGCCAGUGCGGGGUGGGAGGCUGUGUGAAGCCGGGUUCGCACACGAGGUGUAUAUUUUACCAGCUGGUACACAUGACACACAAACACAUUUCGGUGACCCGAGGUCAGGUCGGGUGCGAUUUUGGACUGUCCGUGAGGGGCCGUGCACAUAGGGACCCGGGUCGGCGCAGCGGUCCAACAAAAGGCAGUCACGCCGGCUGAUCAAUUGUGUAUGUGUGUGUGCGCGCGUGUGUGUGUGUUUUAAGGAGGUAGUAUUCAUUCUGUCAUCUUGCAUGGUAUCAAUAAAUCAACAAAGCCACCGCGAAUGUUUCAAGCUAGCCGUUGGUAGCAUCAACACUUUAGGUAGAACUCUGUCCGCUUCAACGCUAUCGGUGGCUAUAGCUUAAGAAGUUGUGUUAGCUGAAAUAGAAACUGUCGAAAAAUCAUGAUUGAAAAUUUACAACAAAAAAAACAUGAGCCAAUAUGUGCGCAAGCACAUUUGUGAACAUAUUUUGUGAUGUAGAUAUACACUGUUCGAAUACAAAAUGACAUUUCAA